CAGCAGCUACAAGCUAGUUGAAAGCUAACGUUAAUUUAUACCGGUGAACAAGCGGGACAGUGGCGUUAUAUUCGUCGCAGUAACGAAGUGGAGCCGCCGUUAUAUACCGGCUGUAACGGUUAGAACAGCAGCAAGUCGCUCUUUUGUCUUCUAUACCAGGAAAAAUGACUUCUGCGGGGUCUGAUCCAACUCUAGAGAGGCACUUCGAGGGUCAUCGGGACACUGUGACAAGUGUGGACUUCAGCUGCAACAUGAAACAGAUUGCCACAGGCGCCAUGGACUCCUGUGUGAUGAUCUGGAAUGUGAAACCUCAGAUGCGAGCAUAUCGCUUUGAUGGACACAAAGAUGGUGUCCUUUCGGUUCAGUUUUCUCCUUCUGGCCACCUGGUGGCCUCCGCCUCCAGAGACAAGACUGUUCGUCUCUGGGUGCCCAGCAGGAAGGCUGAGUCCACAGUUUUCAGGGCUCACACUGGUUCCGUGCGCAGUGUAAACUUCUCCAGUGAUGGACAGACUAUGGUCACCGCCUCUGAUGACAAGACCAUUAAAGUGUGGACGGUCCACAGGCAAAAGUUUCUGUUCUCUCUUAACCAGCACAUCAACUGGGUCCGCUGUGCUAAGUUUUCUCCAGACGAUCGUUUGAUUGUGUCAUCCAGUGACGAUAAGACCAUAAAGCUGUGGGACAAGAACAGCAGAGAGUGUAUUCAUACCUUCUAUGAACAUGCUUGUUAUGCAAACCAGGUGGAUUUCCACCCAAGUGGCACUUGCAUUGCUGCUGCCAGUACUGACAACUCUGUCAAGGUUUGGGACAUCAGAUCCCAUAAGAUGCUGCAACACUACCAAGUCCACAGUGGUGUCGUGAACAGCUUGUCGUUUCACUCCUCCGGUAAUUUCCUCAUCACUGCAUCCAGUGAUUCCACCAUGAAGAUACUGGACCUUGUCGAGGGCAAGCUGCUGUAUACACUGCACGGACACCAGGGCUCAGUGAACUGUGUCGCUUUCUCCAGGACAGGAGAAUACUUUGCCUCUGGGGGCGCUGAUGAACAGGUAAUGUUGUGGAAGAGCAACUUCGACUGUAGUGAAGGUGGUGACGGGCUACGACAUCAAACUACCUCCAGGAGUCAGACCUCUGACCCAUCGGAAGAUUUUAAGGGACAGGAUUAUCAAACCGCUGCCCACGCUCAGAGUGCCAAUCACAAUGGCAGCCACAGCAGUACGACUCAGGCCCACACCCACAGAAAUCUCGGUUCCUCCUCCUCCUCCACCCAUCAGACACACACUCGCAGCACACUGCAGCCUCCAUCCCAUGACCAAGCACAGACUGCGGCCUCUGAUGGAGGGGUCCCUGCUGGUCUAGCCAGCACUCUGGAACACAUAAUAGGUCAAAUGGAUAUUCUCACUCAGACCAUUUCAAUCUUGGAGCAGCGGCUGACACUGACAGAGGACAAGCUCAAGGAGUGUCUAGAGAAUCAGAUGGAGAUCGGUCUACAUCUCAAAGGAUCUCAAGAGCAGGACGUCUAAAGAUGGCGGCAUCACAGAGAGGUUGAGUGGUUGAGCUGGAGUCACAGUUUCAGCCCCAGAAACGGAAACCAACAACAUUGUUAUCACAGUAGAAUCUGAGAUAUUAAACAUACACGGCUGCAGAUUCAGAUAAGCAGCAAGGACUUGCUCUGAAAAGUUUUCCUGCCUGAACUUUAAAUGCACCGAGUCUUUCUGCAGAUUUACUGUGCAUGGUUAAUUUACACCGUGUUAUAAGAUUUGAGGGAGGUGAAUAAUAAAAAAGAUGCUCCUCUGCAACAGUGCUGAGAGAGCAGUCUCUUUCUGCUGACACAGGACUUGCUGCUGCUAGUCACCGUGUGUUUGUGUGUAUAUGUGUGUGUGCGCGCAUGUUCGCAUACAAUGGCUGUCUCUAAAAAAGUGUAGAUCUAUGUAAGAGACUUUUGUUUUUUUUCGUGUGUGCAGGCUGUCACAUGAUGACACAAAUGCUGUUUUCAUUGUAACACACAUACUGUAUCAUUGGUAGUCACUACAUACCACUAAUUCAUCGGAAUAGCCCACACUGUCCUUUAUGUGGCUGCACCAACACAUGAAUUUUUAAUAAGAUAUGGAGGAUCAUUGGAGAAGAGAUACAUUGAAAUUUUCCACCUGGUUUUAUUAAUUUAUUUUGUCCAUUAUAAGACUAAUAUGUCCAAACUAGUAAUUUAUGUAUUUGUCUUUCUGUCAACAAAACACACAAUUAAUUUAUCCUCGUCACAGAAAUGUUGAGCCAAAGCCUAAAGAAUGUGCAGAGAGACAAAUUGUUGGUUUUGUGUUCUCAUGGGAUUUGUUUUCAUUUAAGCAAUGUCGAGCUAAUUCCCAGCUGUAUAGUUUAAACUAACUUAUGGUAACAAAUUGUAUUUUUGUACAGGGUCAGUGCAGAAGGCCUAGUUGGAAUUACUGCAAUCUGAAGGAUUUGUGUGUUCUUAUCUCCCUUUAUAUCCUGUUUUGUCUUCAACUUUUACACACCAAAAUUGUUGUGUGCCUUUUAAAUAAACUUUAAUUCUCUUA